AGUCUCCCGCUCCGCUCCCCCAAAACUCUCCGCCCUGCCCUAAAAACCCUCGCACUGCAUCUCCCUCAAUUCCUCUCCCUCGUAUAACCAGGAAAAAUCCCUCUCUCCUUUCGCCAACCUCGGACGUCGAGAUUCCUACAGCAAAAUGCUUUUGAAGUGAAGCUUCGUUGCCUGUCUUUCUUCACCGAGCAAGAGAUCAGAGUAUCUAAAUUUUUCCUUUCGUUUCGUCCUCUUCUUCGUUGUUCUUUUUAUCCUCAGGAAGGUAGUUUUUUUUUUCCAACUCGUUUUACUCUCGAAGGCCGGAUUUAACGCGGAUUCGAGGCAGAGGAAGGCCCUCACAGCAGAUAUGCCGCCGGAGAAGAGAACCACCUCAUGCCGCCAAGAGGAGGAUCGAAUCAGCCAGCUCCCAGACGAAAUCCUUCUCCUCAUCCUCUCACGUCUGGGUAUUCAAGACGCGGCCGCCACCACUAUCCUUUCCAAGAGGUGGAGGCACCUCUUCUACUUCCUUCCCUGUCUCCAAUUCAGCGGCUUCUACGAUUAUAAGUCAUCAUUAAAUAACCCUGGCCGUGAGUAUGCCACUAUAGCUCAUGUCCUCUGCUCCCGCCGCUGCCCCCUCAAGCGCUGUAAACUUUACGCCGAUUCCUAUGAAAACUUGGACAGAGAUAUGCAUCGCAUCAUGCAUUUGCUCUGCGAGCAUGGCCUCGAAGAUUUAUCUAUUUCCAGCUGCGGGAAAAACCCAUAUACGAUAUCCUCCCACAUGUUCUCCUGUAGAACACUCACCACCCUGUACCUGUACCACUGCACUUUAUCAGUCCCUCCGGAGUUCACCGGCCUCCGGAGCCUCCGAACCCUCGAGCUCAACGAUGUUGCCAUGAUGGACGAGGAGUUUGAGAUGAUGGUAUCCACCUGCUGGGCCUUGGAGAAUCUGAUCAUUUACAAUGCCUUCCAGAUCAAGAACCUCGUGAUACGUUCCAGUAGCCUCUCCAGGCUGGACGUCAUCACCCACAGGCCCCUCGGCGUUGUCGUACAGGAGGCUCCGUGCUUGGAUUCGGUCGCUGUCUCCUACUCCUACCACGAAGCAGAUGUGUACUGGAAUGACGUCGCCAACACUGAAUUUUAUCAUCCUGAGGGUGAAAUUGUAGAGAGCGAUAGCGAGGAUAGCGUGGAUAGCGAGGAUAGCGAGGAUGAAGAAGUGACCGAGGUCGACAGAUUCAUGUGGUUGGUGAUGGGGCUCGGCCACAUCGAGACGCUUAAACUGGAAUUUGAUACUGAAGCUGCCGAGUGCUUGGAGUUCCAAGGGCUGUUACUUGUUAGUUUGCCUUCGGAACAUCUCUUCAUGCAGUUGAAGAAGCUAGACCUGAAAAUGCACUUCAAUGACAGGUAUCUUGCAGCGAUGUUAGUAUCCAUACUCAAUGGUUCUCCAAACCUGGAAGAGAUUAAAUUUGAGAUGGAUAAGUUCCAUGAGUACACGGAAAUUGUUGAUGCAGAUUAUUGGGAUAAACAGAUACCUUCUGAGUGUGUGAGGAAUCGGCUGAAAACUUUUACACUAUACUUCAACUAUUGGUUCAAGAAGGAUUGCAUUAGUUUUCCUAAAUUUCUGUUGAUGAAUGCAACUGCUCUGGAAAAGAUGAGAAUCAUUUACGCUCUGAGAAAAAAGAAGAAAUCUUUAUUUUCGCUCUUCCAGGAAGAGCUGUUCAGCUUGCAAAAGGCUUCACCUGAUGCUGUAUUGGAGUUCAUACAUAUUGAUUAGGGUUCUUACUUUUGAAAAAAUGGGAAAAAAAACUAUGUUAUGUUUAUUACAUGCAGCCCAAAUUUUGUCAUAGCCUCUUAUUAGUACUUCUCUAUGGACUUGUAAGCGUUUUUCCUCACUAUCCUAUGUUUUGGAUACUUUUAUUUUCAGUCGUAAGAGAAGCUAUUACAUAAUGCUA